AUGUCUUCUCUCGAUCUGAUAAGAUCUGCUUUCUCUGAGAUGCUGCAGGCUAAAAUAGCCACCAAAGCUGAACUUUUAGCUGAAGGGGUGGCACUAGACAAGCCAAAUUCGCCAGUAAAGCUUACAGUGCAAGAUCUCUUCCAGCUAACAUAUCGCGUGAAAGGAAAGCCAUCUGAUUCAUCCACCAUUUUACCAGGCCCAGACAAAGCGAUAGGACACGUUAUUAUCAAAUUUCUACAAGGCAACACUUUCAGCGUACCCAUUGCCACUGACACGACCAUUGGUUGCGUUCAAGAUGCUGUUGCCACUCACGUCGACUACAGACCAGAGGAAGUACGACUCAUUUAUGGUGGAACGACAAUCACAGACACACCUGAUUUCCCUCUAAGGGAACGUGGUAUUGGCUGCAAUGACGUCUUGUGCUUAAUCAUCACUCCCAAUGAGGACUCUCCCAUUGGAGGUGGGAGUGGCUCCGUCCCUUCCCUAUAUAUUGAUGAUGAUCUGCUCCACCCAUCCUAUGAUUACGAUUUUACGUCACUCAAUGAUGCCGGGAGCAAGUUUUAUCGCGGGGGAUAUGAGUACAAGCGCCCUUGUGGCUGGAGGCGCUUUGCUUUGAAGGUACUCGGGAAAUAUGGUGGGGACGAGAAAUGGCUUGGCUCAACUGGGAGGUCUGGUGUAGGGGAGUGGCCUGUUUCAUACCACGGGAUCCAGUUAGCAUCUAGUAGUGGAUCUGGUGCUUUGGAUCACGAGUCCAGACGGGAUCGUUUUGGGCGGGGUCACUACUCAUCACCAAACGUAUCAGUUGCCGAGAAGUAUGGUACAAGGUUUUCUCAUGGUGGGGUAGAAUAUGUAAUGGUCCUUCAGAAUCGCGUUAAUUCUGAUACCACAACAAUGAUUAGUAAAGAUAAAACACAAGAUCUUGAUGAGUACUGGAUUACAGCUAAUGGAGAAGACAUAAGGGCAUAUGGGAUUUGCAUUAAGAAGAUUUGA